AUGGCGUCCACCUCCAUUCCAGUUGCCAGUCUUGGUGCCAACCCAGAAGUUGCCAAGCAGAUCAAGGAGCUGCUGCUCCCUGAAUACGACCUGGUCCACAUGUGCCUCUCUCUGGAGAGUGCCAGCACUGAAUUUACUGAGAUUCUCUCGGGCAACCUGGAGGUUGCUCCGUCCUCUGGUAUAGGAAGUAACGUGGACAAACCGACUACCGAGCGCCGCGUGCCUCGUGCUAUUGUUCUUGGUGGAGGUGUCUCGGAUGAGGAUUAUGUGGCGCUCAAGGAGGCGCUCGUCAAAGGCGGUUUGAAGGUCGAGGGGGAUGGUGAGGAUGUGGUUAAGUUUGUAAGGGUGCUGAGGGAUGAUAUUCUUGCUUUGGGAGCAAGCCGGCCGGAUCCAACUGUCAUUAGCCAGGUAAUUCGGAAGAAGCUGGGCCAGCUGGGUUUGUAA